CCGUGAACAGUAAAUGCACCCGCUGGCUUUUCCGAAUUUCCCUAUAAACGAACGCCGCCUUCCUUCUUGUUUUCAUUUCUGGACCAUCUCUUUUUCUCUUUCUCUCUCCUUCUCUCGCUCUGUUCCGAGCUUUGCUGGUUCAGGAGAAUUUUGAGUGAUUUUGUACUUCUUGAUAUUGGCAUCUCCCAGCAGAACUUUUGAAGUCUUCAUGGCACUUGUUUCCAAUGCAUCUUCUCACUACAUGUGUUCCGACAUUCUACAUCAAAGACAGGAAAGGCCUACCUCUUAUGACAUGGCAUAUUUGGAAAAAUGUGGCAUAUAUAGGGAUAAAUUCUUCAACACAAAGGAUGGUUUAAGAAACUUGUCAUGCUCGCUGCGUAGUUCUGAGAAGAAACAUGUUACUUCAUUAUAUAGUCUUACAGGUCGAAAACGACUAGACUCUACUAUUGUUGCUGCUAGCCCUCCAACAGAGGAUGUUGUAGUCGCUGCUGAACCAUUAACGAAGGAGGAUCUAGUAUCUUAUCUCUCCUCCGGAUGCAAGCCCAAAGAAGAGUGGAGGAUAGGAACUGAGCAUGAGAAGUUUGGUUUUGAAUUUGAAACUCUCCGUCCAAUGAGAUACGACCAAAUUGCAAACUUACUCGAGGGCAUCGCUGAAAGGUUUGACUGGGAGAAGGUUAUGGAAGGUGAUAAGAUCAUUGGCCUUAAACAGGGAAAACAAAGCAUUUCAUUGGAACCUGGUGGGCAGUUUGAACUUAGUGGUGCACCUCUUGAGACUCUCCAUCAAACAUGUGCUGAAGUUAACUCUCAUCUUUACCAGGUGAAAGCUGUGGCAGAAGAAAUGGGAAUAGGUUUUCUUGGAAUUGGAUUCCAACCAAAGUGGUGGCUGAAGGAUAUACCAGUAAUGCCCAAGGGAAGAUAUGAGAUAAUGAGGAGGUAUAUGCCCAAGGUGGGCACUCUAGGACUUGACAUGAUGUUCAGAACGUGCACUGUGCAGGUUAAUCUCGAUUUCAGUUCUGAACACGACAUGAUAAGAAAAUUCAGGGCCGGCCUUGCUUUGCAACCUAUUGCGACAGCAAUUUUUGCAAAUUCACCUUUCAAGGAAGGAAAGCCAAAUGGAUUCCUCAGCAUGAGAAGUCAUAUUUGGAGUGACACUGACAACAAUCGGACAGGCAUGCUCCCUUUUGUUUUUGAUGACUCCUUUGGGUUUGAGCAAUAUGUGGAUUAUGCACUGGAUGUUCCCAUGUAUUUUGUCUAUCGGAAAAAGAAGUACAUAGAUUGUUCAGGGAUGUCUUUCCGGGAUUUCAUGAUAGGUAAGCUUCCACCAAUUCCAGGGGAGUUGCCAACACUCACUGACUGGGAGAAUCAUCUGACGACAAUCUUCCCUGAGGUCAGAUUAAAACGAUACCUGGAGAUGAGAGGUGCAGAUGGAGGACCUUGGCGUAGAUUGUGUGCACUGCCAGCAUUUUGGGUGGGCUUGUUGUAUGAUGAAGCUUCAUUACAAAAAGUUCUGGAUUUGACGAGUGACUGGACUGCAGAAGAGAGACAGAUGCUGAGAAGCAAGGUGCCAAGGACAGGUUUACAGACACCAUUCCGAGAUUCUUUAGUCAAACAUAUAGCGGAGGAUGUUGUUAAGUUGGCAAGGGAUGGCUUGGAAAGAAGAGGUUACAAGGAAACUGGAUUUUUGAACGAAGUAGAUGAAGUGGUUAGGACAGGAACUACACCAGCAGAGAAGCUUCUGAAGCUGUAUCAUGAGAAAUGGGAAGAGAGUGUAGAUCCUGUUUUUGAAGAACUUCUUUAUUAAAUAAAUUAGGUGCCUCUUUAGAUGAUUUUUUUCUCGCUUGUGUAGAUCCUGCUUCUGAAGAAAAUUGAAUGAAAACAAGGCGGUGUUUGUUCUUGCUUAAAUCGAUACCUUGCUUGACAUAACUUGUAUACUCUCUCUCUCUCUCUCUCUCUCUCUCCCUCUUUUCUAGUGUAUGUGCAUUCAAAUGCGUACAACUUUUUCUUCUUUUUUGUUUUUUUAGUUCCUUCUCGCACAGACGUUGAGGUCGGCAUGGGUAAAAGAAAGCAAAAUUUUUCUUCGGUA